GACAACCAAAAAGAUUUCAAAGAAAACAGAAUGGAGUCCGGAAAAUUAAGUGAUAGUAUUGAAUUCAUAUCAUGUCCUGUUUGUAAUAAGGAGUUCAGAAAGGCGAUCAUUGAAGAACAUGUUAAUAAAUGUUUAUUUUUAAAUACUCCAGAACGUAAUGUUAAUUGUAAAAGAAACAGUCUACAUCUUAAAGAAAUAUCUUCACACGAAAAGAAAAUUAAAUUGGAUACAAUUUCGAGUCAUAACUCGCCAAAAACAAAUAAGGUAUCUCAAUCAUCAAAAGAAAAUCCCAAACAGGAGAUUACCAAGGAGAAAGGUGCUCCUUUAGCCGAAUGUAUGAGACCAAUGAAAUUGGAUGAUAUUGUCGGCCAAGCUGAGGCUUUUGGACAUGGUUCUAUGUUGCAUGCAAUGCUUGAACAAAAAAAAAUUCCUAACAUGAUAUUAUGGGGCCCUCCUGGUUGUGGAAAGACAUCAAUUGCCAAUGUAGUAGCUAAUAUUUGCAAGGAACAGAAUCAUAUGAGAUUUGUAAAACUGUCAGCUACUAUGUCAGGAAUAAAUGAUGUUAAAGAGAUAGUAAAAGUGGCUAAAAAUGAGAUCCAAUUUAAAAGACAAACAGUACUAUUCAUGGAUGAAAUUCACAGAUUUAACAAACUUCAACAGGACACGUUUUUGCCUCAUGUUGAAAGUGGCACAAUAACACUGAUUGGAGCGACAACAGAGAACCCCUCUUUUAGUUUAAACAAUGCUCUGCUCAGUAGGUGCAGAGUAGUUGUAAUGCAAAAACUGUCUGUCGAUGACGUGAUGCUAAUAUUACGACGGGCUCUUAUAAGGAAUGAAGUAUUGAUAACAGGUCCACAGGAAAGUAAAAAACCGAAGAAUGAUUUUAUACCGAGGUUUAUAGUACAAGAAGAGUCAUUGCGGUGGUUAUCGGAAAUUUGCGAUGGCGAUGCACGAAUUGCUUUGGGUGCUCUAGAGCUUACGCUUGCAGCGAGAGACUCUGGCAAGGAAAUACAUAUUGGUGGUCCAACGGUGUUAGCUCUCGAAGACAUUAAAAAUGGAAUAAAGAGAUCACACAUGUUGUACGACCGUCAAGGCGAGGAACAUUAUAAUAUGAUAUCAGCGAUACACAAGUCGAUACGGGCCAGUGAUGACAACGCAGCCCUGUAUUGGACCACUAGAGCUCUCCAUGGCGGUGAAGAUCCCAUGUAUAUAGCACGCCGUCUCAUUCGCGCUGCCUGUGAAGAUAUUGGGUUAGCUGAUCAUACCGCUCUGGCAGACGCCGUGGCAUGUUUACAAGGUUGUCAACAUAUAGGCAAGCCAGAAUGCGACGUGUUGCUAGUACAAUGCGCCGUCCGUUUAGCUAGAGCACCCAAGAGUACAGAAGUAUACGCUGCCAUGAAACGUUGUCAACGUAAUUUAGUUGAAGCGAAAGGCCCUCUACCUCCAGUACCUCUACACUUACGUAAUGCAACAACAAAACUUAUGAAAGAAAUAGGAUAUGGUAAGGGAUAUAAUCUAUUGCAUAAAAAUGAAUCUGGUCUGGAGUACAUGCCUGAAGGUAUGGAACAUGUCAACUUUUUUCAGGAUGAUGCACCUGAUUAAUUAAUGUAAUUAUAAUAUUAUUACUUGAUGAUUAAAACAACUUGAAAUCCUAG